AACUACGCCGGGAUGCUCGAGGCAUCGAUAUGGGCGUUGACAGCUGUGUCGGGCGUCUUUCUCGGGUUGCGGAUCUAUUGUAAACUGACCCGGCAUCGAUCGCUCUUGUGGGACGACCACUUCUUAGUUCUCAGCUGGAUUUGCAUCCUGGUCUCGUCGGCCAUGCUCACCGAAGGCACCAAGUUCGGCAUCGGCAUGCACUCCCAGGACGUUGACCCCACCAAAAUGCCCAUGAGUUCCCUGAUGUCGUACUCGGCGGGCUUGGCUGCCAUUCUCGCAGCGGCCUGGAGCAAGACCUCGUUUGCCAUCACCCUCUUGCGCCUUUCCGACGGGUGGCUGAAGUGGUUUAUCUGGUUCAUCAUCCUCUCGGUGAACAUCAUCCUCGGCGUUUCGGCCACCAUCAUGUGGACGCGCUGCUGGCCGGUUGCGAAACUCUGGUAUUCCGACAUGGAGGGCUCAUGCUCGACAUUGGAUACCAUGGAACACUACCAGACCUUCACGAGUGUGUAUUCCGGCGCGAUGGAUAUCACACUUGCUAUCCUCCCAUGGAAGAUCAUUUGGAACGCUUCGAUAAACAAGAGGGAGAAAACUGGCGCAAUGAUCGCCAUGAGUAUGGGCGUCUUUUCAGGCAUCAUAGCGUUCUUAAAGAUCAUCUCCCUGAAGGACAUCACAGAUAUUCGCUCCACAACUGUGGACUUGAAGAUCUUUGGUACCGCGGAGCCCGCCAUGUCGGUCAUCGCUGCAUCGAUCCCGAUCCUGCGAGCCUUCAUUCGAGGAAAAGCCACACAAAAAACAGAGCGGUCGAUACAA